GCCUACGGUUGUGUGUUACAUAGCACCAUCUGUAUAAAACAGCACCCGUAACUGUAUCUUCUUUAUCUAACACACCUGUCUGAGACGGAUGAUAUAGGCUUAUGCGCUCGAUCUUCUCUGGAUUUUCAGUCAUUUUCUGCAUUUUAACGCUCCACGGCGGACAGCAUUACAGUUCAAAUUCAAGAUGCUUAAAGCCAUCGGUCAAACUUUUUUUUCCUCUGGACUCCAGCACCCAAAGUUCACUGCUCAACAGAGUAAGGGUGAAGACUAUGAAGUCCGCACUUACCACACAACAAACUGGGUGAGCACAGCUGUGACUGGCAUGGAGCAGGACCCGGCCUUAGGCACAGGCUUCAGAAGACUCUUCAAAUACAUUCAGGGCAAUAAUGACAAAAAGUGUAAGGUGGAGAUGACGGCACCAGUGAGCUGUUUGAUUGACCCUGGGGCCGGACCCACUUGUGAAAGCACCUUCACUAUCUCCUUCUUCAUCCCUGAGGAACAUCAGGCUGACCCACCCAAACCCACCGACGCAGAUGUUUUCAUAGAGAACCGGAAAGAGUCCACGAUGUUUGUGAGGACGUAUGGAGGCUUUGCCAACAGUGAGACCAGCCGUGAGGAGCUUCUGAAACUGAUCGAGAGCCUCAAGAGGGAUGGAAUGAAAUUCAAAGAGGCUCCGUUCUACAGAGCCGGAUAUGACAGCCCCUUCAAACUGACCAACCGCAGGAACGAGGUGUGGCUGAUCAAAGAUGAGGAAGAAAAAGCCUAAGGAUCAAACGGGCAUGCCCUGUGAUCUAAAUGAAGAGGAGGUCAACUAUUUGUUUGAACUUAACAAUAGUUAUGUAGGUGCUUCUGUUUACUAUGUACAUACAUGCAAGUGCCUGAAUGUUUUUGAGAAUUUAACACUGUACUGAUUUUAUAUCUGACCAAUAUAUUUUACAGCAACAUUAACACUUUUAAUAUCUACAAUUAACUAUGAAAUCAUAUGAAAAGAAUGUUGAAAUAAUUUUUGAUUAAUGGUUUUUGUGACUAAUAAUGUAUCAUUCAAAGUACUCAUGUAAUGGUUGUGUAAAGGUGCAAGUACCCGUUGAAUGACCCGACUGUCUGAAUCAAUAACUUUUAUUGUAUUGAAAUAUGAAUAAUCUUAUCUGCAUUUUGAGCUGUUUAUAUUGCACUAGAUCUUGAAUCUAAAAAUUUAAGAGAACAAUAACAGUGUAUUAAAUUGACACUAGUUUUUCUGUA